AUGAGAGCUCUGGAAGUGAUUCAGCUUUCUUUAAUGCUAAAACGUAUUGACCCCAAGAUUGCUGGCAUCCUGUUUCCAUGUUUAAAUAGUGACAUUAAAAAUGUGAAAAUUAUAGGACUUAGUGUCACUGGAAUGUUGGGAAUUAAUAACCCAAAGUUUUUAAGUGUUAUUUGCAAUAUGGUAAAUGAUAAGGAUUUAGAAGUCCGAGAAUCAGCGUUUAAUACACUGCGCUUGAUAAAUGCCCAAGGACCCCAGUUUGAGACACUUAUUCCAUUAGCGAUUGCUAACGAAAACAAUGAAACUGUUUUUAAAGAAAUACUGAAGUUUAUUGAAGGAACUGAAUUAAAAAGUAAAGCUAUUCAAAAAGCCCUUCAAAAAUCCAGUAAAAAACCUCAUGACAAAGAAAAUCAACAAUUAAUUAAGAAUUUGUUAGAAAGCUUUGACUUAGAGGGAGAUAAUCUAGCAAUUAGCAAAUCUCCACAGUCUCCAACUGCACCUGAAGUGGACCCAAGAAAAAGUGCAGCAAGUCAAAGCACAAUCAAACACUCAAAUGCAAGCAAUUUUAUCUCAUUAGAAAAGGCCAAUUUCAUUCAAGAAGUAUUACUUGCUAAUGACAACACAAAGCCUGACUCUUUUCUGAAGCCAAGUGGACACAUUUUUGCGAAAACAGAGGAAGAAAAACAGUUGCUAAAUGAAAUCCAUAAUGUGCAGAAGAAGAAUCUCCAUCGAUUGAGAGUACCUCAUCCACUACUAAGUGGUCAACACAGAACUUGAACCUAACAAAUCAUUGUAUACUUGAACACAAAUGUGGACAAAAAGGAGACAGAAAAAUAAGAAGCUAAAAUAAUUGAAAAGGAAAACAGAGCAGAAUAGGAUACAUGGUACUAUUUUACUAUUGGUUCUAAUAUGAACAUCGUCCCGUGAAAACUUUUUAUAAUAUACUCAAAUAGUAGAUCCUCAAGUAAUAACAGUAGUUUUUAUGAAAUGGCCUCAAAUGACAACAAUUCUGCAGACUUGGUAGUGACUUUAUGUAAUGUUGCAAUGAAAAUCACAAAAAAAUAACAAUAGAUAAGUUUAGUUCUUCAUUUAUUAUUGUAACCAGUCAUCAUUACUUUUAGUUGAUAUCACUUUGUUAAAUAUAAGCCUAUCAUUACAUACAUCCUGCUGGUGGUACCUUCGUG